AUGGAGCUAUGGAGUGUGGUGUUUGUGUGUUGUGUGUUGUGUCUGAGUCCCUCUUACACUGCAGAGGCUAUCGUUAAGUUGGGAGGGAAUGAAACAAUUCCAGCAUUGAUUAUUUUUGGAGAUUCGAUAGUUGACACAGGCAGUAACAAUGAGUUAAUUACAGUGCUUAAGAGCAAUUUCCUUCCUUAUGGGAGGGAUUUCCAGCACGGGAAACCAACGGGAAGAUUCUGCAAUGGCAAGGUCCCUUCCGACUUCCUAGCGGAAGAAUUGGGAAUAAAACGAUACAUACCAUCAUAUAUGAGUCACAGUUUAGUGCCUGGGGAUCUCCUUACGGGUGUCAACUUCGCUUCGGGUGGCUCCGGUUAUGAUCCAGUCACACCAACAUUGGUGUCAGUCAUACCGAUGUCUGAGCAACUGGAGCAAUUCAAAGGAUACAUAGAAAAACUGAAAGAAAAUUUUGGAGAAGGAAGAACUAACUUCAUCUUGUCCAAAAGUUUGGUACUUGUGGUAGCUAGCAGCAAUGACAUUGCCAAUACUUAUUAUGCUGCUGGAAUUAGGAGACUGCAUUAUGAUAUUCCCUCUUACACUGAUAUGUUGGUACAAUUCGCCUCUUCUUUUGUUAAGGAUAUAUAUGCACUAGGGGCAAGGAGAAUAGGAGUGUUUGGUGCUCCUCCACUGGGAUGCUUGCCAUUGGCGCGAACAAUGUUUGGAGGUGAACAGAGAAAGUGCUCCCAAGAAAUAAACUUGGCAUCAAAAUUGUUUAAUUCGAAACUAUCUGCAGAGCUGCACAACCUAAAACAAAGUUUGCCACAAGCCAGGGUGGUGUAUAUACAUAUUUACGACUCUUUGCUCGAUAUCAUUCAAAAUCCAACUAAACAUGGAUUUGACGUAGCUGAUAGGGGAUGCUGCGGCACAGGGACUUUAGAGGUGUCUUAUAUGUGUAAUGAGUUAGAUCCACAAACCUGCACAAACGAUUCUGCAUAUGUUUUCUGGGACAGCUACCAUCCCACAGAGAGGACGUAUCAGAUUCUUGUUAGUGAAAUCAUCAACAGAUAUAUAAACAGCUUCUCCUGA